GGGCCUUUCCUGCUCAAGUGAACACAUCGGCCAUUGAGGAUAAGUUGAAGACAUCAGAGCUGAAGACAGAAGCCGAAAGAAGACAAUCCUUAUUAAUUAAUAUAAUAGUGUUACCUGCCGGACAGGCGUAGCUUCAUGCUCUGUUCCAGCGGAGACGUUUGAGUGUGUCGGCGGGUGUGCUGCGCCAGGUGUCCGGCCACAGAGAGUGGGGAAAAUGCCAUCUUUUUCAUGGAGGGUUUGGCCUGCACUUGUGUUGCUUCUUUUCCCUUCCACUGUGGCUGCCGGCGAGUCGUCACUACUGGAAGACUGGCAAGAUGUCUGGCUCUUCCGCUUCCUCAUCAACAUACUGGGAUACUCCACCAUCAUCAUCCCUGGCUACUUCCUCAUUAGCUACUUCAAGCGCACCAAUUACUUAGAAAAAGGUAGUGGGAUUUGCUUCCCCAUCAUAAAGACCUGCGUGUUUGGCAGUGAGGCCAAAACAGGUUUGUUGGAUGAUGUGUCGGUUGCACCCAGGAACGAGGUAGAUUCGGGCUCGUCAGCCAGACAGGUCGUCAAAUUAAUCUUUUGUGCUGUUGGACUUCAGGUAUCGUAUCUGACGUGGGGAGUCCUGCAGGAGAGGGUGAUGACGCGUUCAUACGGCGCCACGACUCCAGAAGAGGAGGGCGAGAAGUUCAAGGACUCUCAGUUCUUGGUCUUCAUGAACCGCAUCCUGGCUCUGACCGUGUCGGGCCUGUGGUGCGUCCUGUUCAAGCAGACUCGCCACGGAGCGCCCAUGUACAAGUACUCCUUCGCCUCGCUCUCCAACAUCAUGAGCAGCUGGUGCCAGUACGAAGCCCUCAAGUACAUCAGCUUCCCCACUCAAGUCCUGGCCAAGGCCUCCAAGGUCAUUCCUGUCAUGCUCAUGGGUAAGAUCGUCUCCCACAAGAGCUAUGAAUACUGGGAGUACUUAACCGCCGUGCUGAUCUCAGUGGGCGUCAGCAUGUUCCUGCUGUCCAGCACACCCAGCAAGCACCCGUCCACCGUCACCACCUUCAGCGGGAUCGUCAUCCUCAUCGGCUACAUCGUCUUCGACAGCUUCACCUCCAACUGGCAGGACAACCUGUUCAAGUACAAGAUGUCGUCAGUGCAGAUGAUGUUCGGGGUAAACCUGUUCUCCUGCCUCUUCACUGUCGGCUCGCUGCUGGAGCAGGGGGCCUUCUUCGACUCGGUGGCCUUCAUGACACGCCACUCGGAGUUUGCCUUCCACGCCGUGUUGCUGUCCGUGUGCUCGGCAUGCGGCCAGCUCUUCAUCUUCCACACCAUCAGCCAGUUUGGCGCUGCAGUCUUCACCAUCAUUAUGACCCUGCGACAGGCCAUCGCCAUUCUCCUCUCUUGUUUCCUCUACGGUCACGCAGUCACCUUAAUAGGUGGAUUUGGUGUUGGGGUAGUUUUCUUAGCACUUUUCUUACGGGUGUAUGCGCGUAGCCGCAUGAAGUCAGGCCGGCGGCCAGUGCCGCUGCUCGGACAGAAGGUGUAGCUCUCGCGUAACUGGGAACUAAGACCACGUUUUCUGUGGUGCUUUUUGUCUAUUUGUGUGUAUCUAUUGGGUUUUUAUUUUUUGACUGUUCUUUUCCUUUUUAUUAUUAUUAUUUUUUUCUUAGCAAUGGUACAGAAAGGGAUUUUGCAGUUUUGACUCUUACACCAAGAAGCCCCAGAGGGGUCCAUGUGAUUUGUCAGGUCAGCAGUCACAGAGGUUUUGAGUGCCUGUAAGAUUGUCUUAUACACGAGUCCCAAACCAUGAACUUUGCAAACUGCCUCUUCAGCUCUUUCACAGUUAGACAUUAGAAUAUUUUUCCUAAACCGCCGUACGUGGCAUGUGCAGCCAAUUACAGGUUACUGUGACCCUGAAAAAUGUAUGAGCUGUAUGGCUAAUCAAUAAUUUUCAAGCGUUGGUUACAUUGCCACUUAAUUUAAAGGAACAGUGUGUGGGAUUUAGUGGGAUCUACUGGCAGAAAUAGAAUACAAUACUCAUUGUUGUGUUUUCAUUGGUGUGUAAUCACCCGAAACUAAGAAUUGUUGCGUUUUCGUAGAAGGUGCUCUUCGUAUCUACAUAGGCAGCGUGUCCUCUUCCACGGAGCACGCCAUGUUUCUACAGUAGCUCAGAAUGGACAAACCACAGAAUGACUCUAGAGAGGGCAUUUUGUGUUUUUAAGUUGAAGUAGCAGCUUGAUUUUGGUGCACCAGAAGGCCGCUGUAGGUUCUAUGGAAAUGGGAGGGGUGGGCCGAGGGGUAUUCAGUUGGUGGCAACCUCAAUGCUAGAUGCCCCUAAAUCCUACACUCUGGUCCUUUUUCUUUUUACUUUAUCACAAAUAUUUGAACAAGACUUUCACCUUCUGUAACAACAAGACUUUCUAUCUGUUGAGUUAUCUUUCAGUCACAAUAGCCAGAUGCUUAUCUCACAGUCCUCCAUGUUGGAGAGCCGGGGCCUUUUAUGUGUCUUAAUGUGAGAUUUUAUCUAAAGCUGUAAACAUAGCCUGAAAACAUGGUGCACACAUAACUGUUUAAUCUAAGGUAUAUUAACAUGUUGCAGAGGCUACCAGCUGUAAUGGAGGAUGGUAAACAUCAGUUUGCGUAAUAAAGAACACACUACUUACAAAUUGUAUAAUUUUACCCCUAAAUCAGUGACCCAGAUGCUGCUGUGGGUACUUUUUUUGCAUGGCAUUAUUCUAAGAUUUUCUUUUUUUUGUUGUUGUCUCAACACAUAUUUUACUUAAUGUUUUAACUUUGGGCUAAUAAGUCUUGUAAAUAUAUCUCUUAGUCAUUGUUUAUUUCCAACUUGUCUGUUGUGUACUUUUGUAAAAGGACUGCUUCAAGUGUUUUCACCGUUACAUGAAUGUUUGGAAGAAUGAUGAUGAUGAUGAUGAUGAUGAUGCUCAUUGCCGUCAUAAGGAUGUGAAGAUAAUGUUAGGCCCAGGGAGGAGUUUGCAGAACUGAAUGCAUACAGAAUGAAAUGUUACUGGUACGUUGUUUUUAUCAUUCUACUAUUUCCUCUGGUAACUGGAUUAAUAAUAAAACAUAUUAAAUUAACUUAACACUUUGAA